UAAAAACGGAAUGGAUUUGGGCAGCCGCCAUGGCAGUGUUUGGUGCAAUAAUCUUGUCUUUGUUGAACGCAAUUCUGAAGAAGAAAAGUAGCAGAAAGUUGCCACCAGGUCCCAGAGGGGUGCCAUUAUUGGGACACCUCCAUUUGAUGAUGGGGAAAACCCCCCAUCAAGAUCUCCAGAAACUGGCCAAAAUCUACGGUCCUAUCAUGCAUUUACGCUUCGGGUUGGUCAACAUUAUUGUGGUUUCAUCAGCUGAAGCCGCCAAGCAGUUCCUUAAAACGCAUGAUCUCAUCUUCGCCACCCGACCACCUCACCAGGCAGCCAAGUACAUGUCCUAUGACCAGAAAAGUCUGUCGUUCGGCCAAUACGGUCUCUAUUGGCGCACCAUGCGAAAGCUCUGCACCUUAGAGCUCCUCAGCAAUCUCAAGAUUACUUCAUUUCAGUCCAUGAGAAGAGAAGAGCUGCGUCUUCUCGUACAAUCAUUCAAGCAACAAGACAACAACAUGGCCGUUGAUUUGAGCGCAGAGGUUGCCUCCAUGGUUGCCGACAUGAGUUGUCGGAUGGUGUUUGGGAAGAAGUACGAGGAUAAGGAGAUUGGUGAGAAGGGGUUCAAGGCUGUGAUUCAUGAAGCAGUUCAUUUGGCGGCUUGCCCAAACCUGGGGGAUUAUUUUCCUUAUCUGGGUAAGCUUGAUGUUCAAGGAUUAACACGAAGGAUGAAGGCAAUUAGCAAACUGUUCGACCAAUUCUUCGAAAGGAUCAUUGAUGAUCAUGAGCAGACUGCACCCAACACUCAAAAAACUAAAGAUUUUGUUGAUACCUUGCUGGAAACCAUGAAGUCUGGAGAUAUCCCAUUUCAAUUCACUCGUCAACAUGUCAAAUCUAUUAUGCUGGAUAUGCUUGUGACUUCAAUGGACACAUCAGCAACUGCAAUAGAAUGGAUAAUGUCUGAACUUCUUCGCCACCCAGAAGUAAUGAAUAAAGUCAAAGAAGAGUUAGAGAGACAAGUAUCCUUUGAUAGGAUGGUAGAGGAAGAGGAUUUAGAGGGUUUGGAAUAUUUAGAAAUGGUCAUAAAAGAAUCAUUAAGGAUGCAUCCUGUGGUGUCGUUACUUCUCCAUCAUACUGCCACGGAAGAUUGCGUUGUAAUUGAUGGUGUUCACAUGCCUGAAAAAGCACGAGUUGUUGUGAACCUCCGAGCAAUUGGGCGUGAUCCAAGUGUGUGGAGCAAUCCAGACAAGUUCAUUCCAGAAAGAUUCGAUGGAAGCAAUGUGGAGUAUAGAGGUCAAAAUUUUGAGCUUAUCCCAUUCGGAGCAGGGAGGAGAAGUUGUCCAGGUAUGCAACUUGGAAUAACCAUAGUUAAACUCGUUGUGGCACAACUAGUGCAUUGUUUCGAUUGGGAUCUUCCAAAAGGAAUGUUACCCGAAGAGCUGGACAUGGAUGAGGUAUUUGGUAUUGUGGUUAGCCGAGCCAAGCAUUUGAUGGCUAUUCCCACAUAUCGAUUAUGUGUUUAACCAAGGUGUCUUAAUUACUUUGUUAUGAGAUUAUUAAAACAAUACACUAUAUACAUACAUAUAUUGUAAGAAUUCUAGUAAUUAGCUAGUUUGUAAUGUAAU